AUGUCAAGGCUGCCAACGCUCACAACGCCGGCACGCCUUAGCGGCUCCCCGGGAGGCGGUCCAUCAGGCAUUCCCGCACCCUCGUCCCGCCGCCCACGGUCCUCCAUAGGCCCAAACAAUGCUCAAGCCAGCUUGACCAAAAACGACCCAGAGAGGGAUCAAGCCUAUACCGACCUUGCAAUGCGUAGGCGUCCACCAUCGGCUCUGGGACGUAGCAUGGGGCCAAAGGAUACCGACCCGGACACGCCCACGCAAGUCAGAGGCGGCCCAGCUCAGUCCUUUCUCCAGACGCCAAGCAGCAACUCGGGCCUGAACACGUCCAGGUCUCCCGGCCUUCGUCCUCGCACCCCCUCUUCAAUGACAACGCCUUCUUCCCGUGCAAACUCUCGCCCGUCCCUCUCAGCUCGUUCCUCUAUGGCGAGCUCCUCAAACACGCCAGCGCGACGACCCAGCCUAGCCUCCUCCACAUCCACGCCGUCAUACCGCAGACCAGAAUCUCGCGCCGGUCUCGAGACGUCCAAAUGGACGCCUGCAGUUGGCGACCGUGUGCGCCUUCCCUCCCAUGGAUAUGAGGGGACUCUGCGUUACCUGGGCCCCACUCACAUCCGAGACGGCAUUUGGGCAGGUGUCGAGCUGGAAGGUGGCUUCAAGGGCAAAGGGAGGAACGACGGUUCCGUUGACAACGUCAAGUACUUCCAAUGCGAGCCAAACUGCGGUAUCUUCGCCCUCGCUGAGAAGCUCGCCCCGCCAACCGCUGCCCCAGCACCAACGUCACGCCCUGCAUCGGUAGCUUCGCAUCGCUCCUUGACCUCGUCAUAUUCAGCCUCGGGUCGUGCGACGCCCGCUUCGGAGAGGGUGCGUCGAGGAGCAACAACACCAAGCUUUGGGAACCGCUCCGUGUCGACCCGUACUCCGAAGAAGGUCGACGAUGACACAGCUGCACCGAAGAGUGCCCAUGUUGCCGCCAACAUCACGGAAGGCUCGCGAGCCAGCAAGUAUCUGGGCAUGACUGCCAAGCAGCUGGAUGCUCGAUCGUCUGGAUCAACCUCCACCGGGCUCGCGCUCAGCAACUCGGUGACUCCCAAAGCUUCUAAAAUUGGCACGACCACCCCGGGCCGGGUACCACGCCCUAGUCUGGGAGGGUCUUUGGCUACACCCAAGGCUCGCGCUGCUCGCCAGUCUGAGAUGAUGCCGCCUCCGCCGUCGCCGCAUGCGUCCAAAACUGCUGACUAUGAAAAGGAGAUCGAGGAGCUGCGACGUCGAAACGCCGAUCUGGAUGACCAACUGGCCAGCGUUCCUGACACAUCUGACGACAUAAGGAAGCUAGAGGCGCUCCAAACGGAGGUUGAAAAUGCCAAGGCAGAGGCCGAUGCUCUACGCAUUCAGCUCUCUGCCUCCAGUGGCGACGCGAAGGGCGUUAAACAGCAAAUUGAGGAACUGCAAUCCGCCAGCAGCAAGCUCAAAGAGGACCUCGCGUCCAAAGAGCGCGAGGUUGCCGAGCUGCAGAAGGAAAUGCGCAUUUCGGCCGAGCGCGCGGCUCACGAGCUUGAGGCUGGCAUGGAUGCGAGACGAGUGGAGAUGCGCCAAGUCGAGGAGCGUGCGGACGCCGCCGAGACGGAGGUGGCAGAGCUGAAGAAACUCGUGGAUGAGCUGACGACGGCUGGUAAUCAAAUUAUCGAGCUCAACGAGAACAAACAAUUCCAGUUCGAGGAGCGGAUACGUGAGCUCGAGGAGAAGCUGGCCAAGGCCGCUGAGGAGGCCGCUGUGGCUGAGGCAAAACUCAACGCUAUGCCUGCCGAUGCCAAACCUCGCACCGCCGCAGAAAUCGACAACGAGACCCUCACCGACCAAAUCAAGCACCUUCAAAGCAGAAUUUUGCACCUGGAGGAGCAGCUCGAGGACACGCGCGGCCAGGCUGAGACCGACUCGGACGCGUGGCAGGCCAAGUACAACAAGUCGCGCGAUGCCGAAAAGGCCGUCGAGGCUGAGUUGCAGCGGAGCAAGGCUGAGAUCUCCAAGCUUAACAAGGAGGCGACCGCAACCAAGGAGCGCAUUGCCGAGUUGCAGGGUGCUCUCUCCGAGAACCAGGCCGCUCUUGAGAGCGCACGCGCUGAGAUUGAGACGCUGCGCCAGGAGGCUACCGAGCGGCCAGGGAAGGAAGGCGAGGGCCAGAUUGCUGAGCUCAAAGAGCAACUUGAGGGAGCGGACAAGCGAGUCACCGAACUCGAGUCUCAGGUCCUGCAACUCGAGAGUGACCUGCAGGCGGCGCGCAAGCGCUCGAUGGACGGAGACGUGCCGGUCGGUCGUGCGCCGCGCAAAUCCAGCAGCUCAAUCGAAGAGGCUGAGAAGUCCAUCCGCGGUUACCACCAUAUCAUCACCGAGAUGAAGGAGGAGAACUCGCAGCUCAAGAGCAAACAAGCGGAUCUGCAAGACGAGAUUGGCAUGCUCAAGGAGGAGAUCAAACUCUUGCAGGAGAUCAACGACUCGGACGCGCCUAACGGUAGCGGCGGUGAUGCUGAUGAGAUGGUCAAGCUCCGUAGCACCCUCUCGCAGCAGAGCCAGGCGAUCAAAGAGUACGAACGCGAGGUGUCCGAGCUCGAGUCGCUUGUUGAGUCCAAGAUCUACCGCGAAGACGAGCUGGAGACGCGAGUGCAGGAGCUCGAGGCGGAGAUGGAGCGUCUGCGCAAGGCGAAGCCUGCGCCGGCGCCCUCCUCGACUGCGUCGCACAGUCGCAAUCCGUCCGAGCAAUCGAACGGGUCGACGACAGUGAGUGGCGGCAGCACCGAGACAGCCCUGCGGUGCGAGCUGUGCGAGGGUCCGCACGACCUGGACGCGUGUCCCGUGUUUACUGGCGCCCCGCUCGAGGGUGGCAACACGUCGCCGCUCAACAUACAGAAGGGCAAGAAGUGGUGUAACGACUGCGGGGUGAGUAGAGAGAGAGAGACUUCUAACGGCCAGAGCCCGUCUCACAACACGGCCGAGUGUCCCGUCGCCGAGGACGUCUUCUAGAUAACGCUGGUUAUUUUGGGCCUUUGAUGUUUUGAGUUCUGGUUGUGCAUGACACGGGUUA